AUGUUUGUUUUUGGUAGAGGAAUGAAAAUAAUAUCAUGGACGCUGUUACAUGUUGUAAUAGUAAUGGGACAAGAAAAUUUUCAAAUAGAAACAAGGAUUAUGAACGAUACUUCUGAGCAGACUUUCCAGUUAAAUUACCAUCAACAAUAUGUCCUGAUUUAUAAUGAUCUCGAAACUAUGAAUCCGUAUCGGGUAAAAACUUCAUCGCCGCAAGCCGUAAAAGAUAAACCGGUGUUGGUAGUGGCUCGACAAGAAAAACAAGUAACAGCGUGGUCCAUGCCCUUGGUUCUUGAAUCAUCUCUAAAGCAAAACGAAUUUUCCUUCACAAAAGCAUCGAAAACUCUUUGCCACGAUUAUAUGGAAGAUAUUGUUUGGGCAGAUUCGCCAUUUUCAAUCGCUCCUUUGCACCUCGCCCAGAACUUCAUCAUAAGUUUGUCGACGUCCAACACGCAAACCGUAAACGUGACGGUGGAAUUGGAAGAAGAGAAAUAUUUCUUCGUCGAAUUAGAUAAGAAUUACUCGCUGUCGGUGUCACCGAGCGAAUCCAGAUACGUAUUUUACAAAUUCGACAAGAACACGUCUGAUACAAUUGUUAUCGAAGUGGAUUCUCAGGACGAGAAAUGUCUUACGAUUUCUGUGCAAGACAGCAAGUGUCCAGUACUCGAUACAAACAAGGAUAUAAAAUACGAAGGAACAUACCAAACAAUAAACACGAAAGGAGCCAUCACUUUGGCGAGAAGAAGAUUUGUCGGAGGUUUCUUCCUAGUGUUUGUCGCCAAGCCUGAUAACUACGACUGCAGUCAAGACAGUUCGUAUUUACCGAGACUGACCAGAAUCGUGUCUUAUUUACAAAUGGACAGUUCGAAUAUAACGUUCGUCGUCAGAAACGGCAUCGCAGCCGAAAACUAUCUGACGGCCAUCAUGGCGACGUUAACGGUACUAUUCCUGGUAGGCGUUUUGGUUUUAACUACUGCACUGGUGUUCCAUCGAUACGGAACGAUUUCGAAAAAUAAGUAUAACGACGUUAUAGUAACGGAUUAUUUUGAACCGAUGUCCGAACAGCAAAUAUAUAAAAUCCUUGUGACAGAUCAUCUUACUCUGUCCGAAUUCGCUAGACAUCCGGCGAGGAUCAAGAAAAGAUCGUACAACUACUUGUGGCACACGUUGAGCAUAGCUAUUUUUUAUAGUAUACCGGUCGUUCAGCUCGUCGUCACCUAUCAAAGGAUAAUAAACAGGACAGGAGAUCAGGACAUGUGUUAUUAUAAUUUCUUGUGUGCACAUCCAUUAGGAGGUUUCACCGAUUUUAACCACAUUUAUUCUAACAUUGGAUACGUCGUUUUUGGUAUUCUGUUCAUUUGUGCCGUGUUUGAUAGACACAGAAUCAUCAAAAUCAGAAAAGAAAGAGGAAUACCCGUCCACUAUGGACUUUUCCACGCAAUGGGCGUUGCUCUAAUCAUAGAAGGACUUUUAUCGGCCUGUUACCAUAUUUGUCCGAGUCAAUCUAACUACCAGUUUGAUACGAGUUUUAUGUACGUCAUGGCGGUGUUGUGUAUGGUAAAACUGUACCAAAAUCGACAUUCGGACAUUAACGCCACCGCCUACACAACUUUUACCGUUCUGGAGUAG